GCUUCCGGUGGGUGCGCAUUUACGUUCGGCAGUGCUGCGGAGCUCGUUGGUUGUCUUCAGACGAAGCCCCGCCAAAACGACAAUAUGGGCGACGAACGAAAGUUGUUCGUCGGCGGACUGAGCUUUGAGACGGACGAGCAGGCGCUGGAAGCCGUUUUCUCCAAGUACGGCGAGAUCGUUGACACCCGGGUGAUCAAGGACAAGGUCACCAUGACGUCCCGCGGCUUCGGCUUCAUCACCUUCGAGAACCCGGAGGAUGCCUCCGAGGCCUUACAGGCAAUGAACGGCAAGUCCUUGGACGGCCGCCAGAUCCGGGUGGACCACGCCGAGAAGAAGUCGGGAGACGGCGGUUACGGAGGAGGACGCGGCGGCUAUCGGCGGGGCGGCAGCUACACAAGCGGAAGCGGCGGCUACGGAGGCGGCGGCUACGGUGGCGGCGGAUACGGUGGUUACGGCGGCGGCAGUGGCUACAGCAGCGGCGGCUACGGCGGAGGUGGUUACGGUAGCGGAAGCAGCGGAUAUGGUGGUUAUCGGCAGUACGAGCCCAAGUCGGGCGGCGGCUACUCCCGGGGGACCCGUGGUAAUAACUACGAUCGGUACUCUACCAGAUAGAAGCCCACCGCCGGCUGUGCUUUCCAGGUCACCGUGAUCCUCGACCACUUGCUGUUUCUGAAGGGACUUUUUUUUGGGGCGAACGCCGUCUAAUCUCUUGAAUUCAAUCUCGCUUCUUCGGGACGCUGUCUAACUCUCCGUCCGCUCACAUUCCCAUCCUUUGUUGCAGUAAAGGUUUCUCACAGCAACGGCGGGGCAGGGGGGAGGGUUUGCCGGACCUUUUCCGAAAUUCCGAACUUAAAUUAGUCCCUUAGCAGUGUUUCUCUCCCACAAUAAUUUCCCAAUAGCUUUUGUUCUUUUUGUUUAUUUUUGACUGUUAAGGAUGUAGCUCCAUUGACCUCCGCAUUCUAGCCCGUCAGCUCAGUGCUGCCUCUCCCAGUGCCCGGGCGUUGCGUUAGCUGCUGAUUUUUGUUUGCUCCGUUCUGGUUUUAAAAUGGCGUACUCGCCUUGUGCAGAGACAUUCAAUGCUCAAGUGUGUCGGCAAUGUGCUCCAACAACUCCUCCUCCCCUGCCCGCCCGCCCGCA